AUGGAAUUGAAAGAAAUCAAACAAUAUGCUUUUUCUGCUAAUUGCUCCUGUCCGCAGCAGCAGCUGCAGCAGCAGCAGGAGCACAAGCAGCAGCAGCAGCAGAAGAAGCAGCAGCAGCAGCAGCAGCAGCAAUUUGUUUUGACCUCCUUGGCGCCUUCCACGGCAAUUGCGUUUCGCAUUUUGUCGAUUUGCAAAAUGCGGCCAACUGUUGACCGCCACUUCCCGCUUAUUAUCAUUACCUGCAGCAGCAGCAGCAGCAGCAGCAGCAGCAGCAGCACAGCUCAGCGACAGUUCCUGCUGCUUUCAGUCGGCAACGCUCCCACCCCACCAGCUCGUGCUGCAGCAGCUACUGCAGCAACAAAUACUGCUGCUGGAGCUGCGCACCUAGCAGCAGCAGCAGCAACAGCAGCAAUGGCAGCAGUGGCAUCCCAGAAGGCAGACACAGCAGCAGCUACAGCAGCCACAGCAGCCGCAGCAACAGAAACAGCGUCAAACGCAGCAGCAGCACAAGCAGCAGCAACGGCAGCAGAGGCGGGACACCCUCGAAGUCAAACGCAGCAGCAGCAACGGCACUCCCAGAAUCAGACACACAGAAUUAGAUACAGCAGCAGCAGCAGCAGCAGAAGCAGCAGUAGCAGCAGCAGCAGCAGCACCUUGUCCCCUGGCCUGAGCUUCCACCGCAGUAUCCAGUUGCGGGGGUGGACAAACUUGAGGCCCCGUUGCUGCUGCAGCAACCACUGGUUGUGGGCCCCCAGGCCCCCAGCAGCGAGGCCAUCUGAGCCUGGAAGUUUCCUGUUGCUGCUGGGUUUGCUGCAACAGCUGCUGCUGGGUUUGCUGCAGCAGCUGCUGCUAGGUUUGCUGCAGCAGCUGCUGCUGGGUCUGCUGCGGCAGCUGCUGCUGGGCUUGCUGCAGCAGCUGCUGCUGGGCUUGCUGCAGCAGCUGCUGCCCUCCGCUCUGGUGGCGGUUCUGCUCCGACGCGAGCACGCGGAUUGCCUCAGCAGCAGCAACAGCAGCAGCAGCAACAGCAAGAGCAGCAGCAGCAGCAGCAGCGCUCCGUCGCCUCCGAAGCUCUAA